CGGAACAUUCAGAACCUUCCCAUCGACAUACAGACCAGCAAACUUUUAGACUGGCUGGUGGAUCGGAGGCACUGUAACCUGAAAUGGCAAAGUGCAGUGAAGGUGAUCAGGGAGAAGAUCAAUGCUGCCAUCCAGGACAUGCCGGAGAACGAGGAGAUCAAGGCGCUCCUCUCCGGCUCUUACAUUCACUACUUUCACUGCUUGAGGAUCGUGGAGAUCCUGAAGGGAACUGAGGCUUCCUCCAAGAACAUCUUUGGCAGAUACUCAUCACAGAGGAUGAAGGACUGGCAGGAGAUUGUGUCUCUUUAUGAAGCAGAUAAUGUCUAUUUGGGUAAGUGUCAAUAUGUCUUCAUUAUAGGUGAAAAUGUGCCUCGAGAGCUUCAGGCUCUGGUGAAGGACUUACCAGCGGUUCUUGACGAAGUCGGGAAGGAUGCCGCGAGGCUCGAAGAGCAAAUACAACUUUAUGCUGCCUUUACAAACUUUGUCUGUGACUGGUCGGAGCCAGUCCUCCCUAUGCUGACAUUUGCCCAAAAAAGAGGGAAUGCAACAUUUUAUGAGUGGAAAACGGGGAAAGUUCCCACAGUUGUUGAAAGGCCAGUUGUGGAUGAAUCACCACCUGAUACCAUCACAGAGGACACGAUCGAC